GGGAUGUGGGGGGUGUCCAUGCCGCGCCCGGACCAGGGUGCAUGCCGCCGCCGGGACACAGUCACUAGCUCCCCGCUCCUCUCAGCUCCCCUGAAUGACGGGCGGACGUUUUGACUUCGACGAUGGCGGUACUUACUGUGGCGGCUGGGAGGAUGGCAAGGCGCACGGGCACGGCAUCUGCACGGGGCCCAAGGGUCAGGGGGAGUUCGCGGGCUCCUGGUCCCACGGCUUUGAGGUAGUCGGGGUGUACACCUGGCCCAGCGGCAACACCUACCUGGGCUACUGGGCUCAGGGCAAGAGGCACGGGCUGGGCGCGGAGACCAAGGGCAGGUGGAUGUACCGGGGAGAGUGGUCCCAUGGCUUCAAGGGGCGCUACGGGGUCCGCCAGAGUCUGUGCACCCCGGCCAGGUACGAGGGCACGUGGAGUAACGGGCUGCAGGACGGCUACGGCAUCGAGACGUAUGGAGACGGAGGUACCUACCAAGGACAAUGGAUGGGAGGAAUGAGGCACGGGUACGGCGUCCGUCAGAGUGUUCCCUAUGGCAUGGCUACAGUGAUCCGUUCACCGCUCCGAACGUCUCUCUCCUCCCUACGUAGUGAACAGAGCAAUGGCACCGUCCUUCUCGACUUCGGAGCCGACAGUCCUGCUGGGACUCGUGGAGGUUUUGUGUUGAACUUUCACAGUGACUCUGAGCUUAUGACGAGCAAGAAGAAAGGCUUGUUCAGAAGAGGAUCCCUACUGGGUAGCAUUAGGCUGAAAAAAUCUGAGUCCAAGAUCUCCAUAUCUAGCAAGCGCAGCUCUGUGAGAAGCGACGCAGCCAUGAGUCGCAUAAGCUCCAGUGAUGCCAACUCUACAAUUAGCUUUGGGGAUCUGGACUCUGACUAUUGUCCUGCAGAAGAUCACGUUGAUGCCACCACCACCGAAAGCUACAUGGGAGAAUGGAAGAAUGAUAAGCGCACCGGGUUUGGAGUAAGUGAGCGCUCAAACGGGAUGAAAUAUGAGGGAGAAUGGAUGAACAACAGAAGGCAUGGAUAUGGAUGUACCAUAUUUCCGGAUGGCACGAAAGAAGAAGGAAAGUACAAAAAUAAUGUUUUGGUCCGUGGAACAAGAAAGCAACUUAUACCCAUAAAGAACACCAAAACGAAGGAGAAGGUAGACCGCGCAGUCGAAGCAGCGCAGAGAGCAGCAGCUGUGGCACGGACAAAGGUGGAGAUAGCAGCCUCCAGGACAGCUCAUGCUCGUGCAAAGGGGGAUGCCGCUGACCAGGCAAGCCAAGCUGCACGCCAGGAAUCGGACAUUGCAAGGGCCGUGGCGAGAGAACUGUCACCGAGCUUCCAUCAGCCUGGGCCAGAUUACAUCAGGCAAAAGUUUCAAGAUGUUGCUGAAGUAAAAGAAAACACAGAGGAAAAGUUACCCAAAAAGACACCUUCUCCAAAAGAGUCACCUCAUUUUUAUACGAAAGGAAAAAGUUCUCCAGGAACGCCAGAGGAAAAACGAAAGCAGCCUCAACAGUCUUCUUCACAGGAUAUAAAGAGAAAAAAUUCUAACACUGCCCCAAUAGCACCCCCAAAUCUUGAAAGAAAAAGUGCUUCUACUGAUAACUUACCUGUUGCUUCCUUGAAACCCCUGCCUGCUAAAGCUCCCGUGAAAGAGGAGACCAUUGUCAAACAGUCACCAAAGGCUUCAUUUGGCCAUAAUCCAAGCAGCACUGGGAAUGGGGAACUUCAUGCUGAUUUCCAUAGCUACUAUGGAUCAGUGAAGCCCUCAUUGCAUUUAGCUGUAAAAGAAGAUUCCAACCCAAAAAAGCUACCAUCAGCAGUGAAUGUGCCACCAUCCCAGAAACAAAGCCCUAAAAAGCUACAAUCAAAGCCAGAUGCCAAAGAAAGCACACCUAAGUCAAAAGUUAUGCCCAGAUCUGUGGCACCAAAGAAUCAAACGAAUACUGAUUCAGUAUCACCUGUUGGAAAUGGAAUUAAUUCAGGGCCCAAUUCGGUUAUGAUUGCCCUGGUUAUGCUUCUAAACGUUGGUUUGGCAAUUCUUUUCGUCCAUUUUCUCACCUGAUUGGAUGCUGGUACAGAGACACCUGGACAAUGAGAGAUGUUGGCACACAGUUCCCGUUACUAGUGUCACCAGCUGUUCUUAUGGCACCUACUCUGU